AUGGAGGAACCAGGGCCAUCGUGCUUUCCUGUCAGUGACAAGAAAGGGAAAUGUCAGGAGAAAUGGAGCAGCUCUUACUUUGUCGUACCUCACAGGUUGGAUAAAGGACUGUGCCUAAUCUGCAAGCAGAGCCAAUGUCCUGGUAUUGUGCUUGCUGUCACAUGCUGCCUGAUCUCAGUGGGGUCAACGCUCAAUCCGGAUGACCCGAACGUGUGCAGCCACUGGGAGAGCUAUGCAGUGACUGUGCAGGAGUCGUAUGCCCAUCCUUUUGACCAGGUGUACUACACCCGCUGCACCGAUAUCCUCAACUGGUUUAAAUGCACCAGACACAGGAUCAGCUACAAGACAGCAUACAGGAGGGGUGUGAGGACAAUGUACCGGCGACGCUCCCAGUGCUGCCCAGGCUUCUAUGAAAGUGGAGAUUUGUGUGUUCCGCUGUGUACUGAAGAGUGUGCUCAUGGACGCUGUGUGUCUCCUGAUACGUGCCAGUGCGAGCCUGGCUGGGGAGGAGUGGACUGCUCCAGCGGCUGUGAGAGCGACUUCUGGGGCCCCCACUGCAGCAACCGCUGUCAGUGUCAGAACGGGGCCAAGUGUAACCCGAUCACAGGAGCCUGCGUCUGCACCGACGGCUACCAGGGCUGGCGCUGCGAGGAGCCCUGUGAACCGGCCUUCUACGGCAAAGGCUGCCUGCUGGAGUGCCAGUGUCUCAACGGCGCCACCUGUCACCAUCAGACCGGCGAGUGUCUCUGUGCACCCGGAUACACUGGGGCCUUCUGUGAGGAGCCCUGUCCUCCAGGCAGCCACGGCUCCCUGUGUGAGCAGCGCUGUCCCUGCCAGAAUGGAGGAACAUGCCACCACGUGACAGGAGAGUGCUCCUGCCCCGCCGGCUGGGUGGGCUCAGUGUGUGCCCAGCCAUGCCCGUUUGGAUCCUUUGGCAUUAAUUGCUCCCAGGAGUGCACGUGUCGUAACGGAGGCCUGUGUGACCACAUCAGCGGUCAAUGCCAAUGCACUGCUGGCUACAUCGGAGAGAGAUGCCAGGAUGAGUGUCCAGUGGGCUCUUACGGUCCGCAGUGUGCCCACAAGUGUGACUGCCAGAACGGGGCCAAGUGCUACCACAUCAACGGCGCCUGCCUGUGUGAUGAGGGCUUUAAAGGCCCCAGCUGCCAGGACCGUUUCUGCCCUGCCGGCCUCUAUGGCCUCAUGUGUGACAAAUACUGCCCCUGCAAUGCUUCAAACACACUCAGCUGUCACCCCUUGUCAGGAGAGUGUACCUGUGCAGCAGGCUGGGCGGGGCUUUACUGCAAUGAGACCUGUCCAGCAGGCUAUUAUGGAGAGGGCUGCAAGGAGCUGUGUGCCUGUGCUAACGGAGCGGACUGCGAUGGCAUCACUGGAGCUUGUAUAUGUGCACCAGGAUACAUAGGUGAUGACUGCUCUCUCAGCUGUCCUGCAGGCCUGUACGGCACCAACUGCACCUUGUCUUGUUCCUGCCACAACGAGAUCUCCUGCUCCCACAUCGACGGUUCCUGCAUCUGCAAAGAAGGCUGGCAGAGCGUUGACUGCUCCAUCCCUUGCUCCAGUGGUACUUGGGGCCUGAAUUGUAAUCUGACUUGUCAGUGUGCCAAUCGGGCCGCCUGUGACUCUGUUAAUGGAACCUGUACCUGCUCCCCGGGCUGGAGGGAUGAAUUCUGUGAUGAACCGUGUCCUGAGGGAACAUAUGGACUGGACUGCAGGGAGCAGUGUGACUGUGUUAAUGCUGAUGGCUGUGAUCCAGUGACUGGCUACUGUCGCUGCCUCGCAGGAUGGACAGGUGUCCACUGUGACAGUGUGUGUGAGGAGGGCCGCUGGGGGCCCAACUGCUCCUAUAGCUGCACCUGUGAGAACGGAGGCUCCUGCUCCCCAGAGGACGGCACCUGUGUGUGUGCUUCCGGCUACCGCGGCACCAACUGCAGACGAACCUGUUCCCCUGGUUUCUAUGGGCAGCGCUGCAGCCAGUCCUGUCCUCAGUGUAUCCACAGUGACGGGGCUUGCCACCAUGUCACAGGGCACUGUGAGUGUCUGCCUGGCUUCUUUGGCUCCCUCUGCAACCAAGUAUGUCCCAGUGGCAGAUAUGGUAAAGGCUGUGCUGAGGCAUGUCAAUGCACCAACAAUGGCACUUGUAACCCCAUCGACGGCUCCUGUCAGUGCUACCCUGGCUGGAUAGGAAAUGACUGCUCCAAACCGUGCCCUCAGGGCUCGUGGGGUCCAGACUGCAUCCACACAUGUAACUGUCACAACGGAGCCCAGUGCAGCGCUACAGACGGAGAGUGCAACUGCAGCCCCGGAUGGACAGGACUCUACUGUACUCAGCGCUGUCCCACCGGCUUCUACGGCUCUGAGUGUGCCGAAGUGUGCCGCUGCCAGAACGGAGCAGACUGUGACCACAUUACUGGACAGUGCUCCUGCAGGACCGGCUUCAUAGGACACAGCUGUGAACUCAAGUGUCCUGCAGGGACUUUUGGCUACGGCUGCCAGCAGCUGUGUGAGUGUAUGAACAACGCCACCUGUGACUACGUGACAGGGACCUGCUACUGCAGCAUCGGCUUUAAAGGCAUCCGCUGUGACCAGGCUGCACUGAUGAUGGAGGAACUGAACCCCUACACCAAGAUCAGUCCAGCGUUGGCGUCGGAGCGCCAGUCAGCGGGCGCCGUCCUGGGCAUCAUAUUCCUGCUGCUGCUCAUCAUGGCCAUGCUGGCGCUGGUCAUUUGGUUCCGCUACCGCCAGAGAGAGAAAGGCCACCAUGUACCCAAUGUCACCUACACCCCCGCCCUGCGCAUCAACACCACUGACUACUCCCUCUCAGGGCUGCAGUGCACAGGCUUGCUCUCUUCUCCAGAGUCAUCUCCCAGUAACACCUCUGUAGGCCACUGCUUCUCCAACCCCAGCUACCGCACCCUGGGGCCCUGCACCUACCCCGCCCACUAUGCCAAGCCCAGCAAGAGGACCUCUGCCAAGAUGAAGACAAAAAAGCGGCACAGGAACAGUGCUCCAGAGUGGGGGGCCUACUGUAACCUCAGUGAGUUGGGCAUUUACUGCCUGGACAGACGUUACAGUUACCAUUUGGAGCAGCGCUACAGAGACUAUAUGAAGGGGUCCCUGUCUAGCACAUGCUCCCUGAACAGUGAGAACCCCUACGCCACCAUCAAUGACCCACCAGGCAUGGCGUGUAAGCACUCAGAGAGCAGCUAUGUGGAGAUGAAGUCCCCGGCUCACCAUGAGCACAUGGCCUACUGCUGCUCCACCGCCAUCGUCACCACCACCAGCACCACCGCCCCCGCCACCACCUCCGCCAAGAAUGUCUAUGACAUGGAGCCAACUAUCAGUAUCCUCCAGGGUGCCAAUGGUGUGGUGGUACCUAGCUACCCUCAGAAUCCCUACGACCUGCCCAGGAACAGCCACAUUCCCAGCCACUACGACCUGCUGCCCAUGCGGCCCAGCCCCUCGCACAGCCAGAGUCUGAGCCGCAGCCUCAGCCACCACAGCCACAGCCCCCCACUGCCUGGAAGCCCCACCAGCUCCCUGCUCUAGGCCCACUGGCAUCCCAGCUGGACACUUUUGGGAGGAGCUGCUCCCAGUUCCCUUUGGGGCUGCAACCAGGAAACUGAACUGGGACAAACUGUGCACAGCCUUUUUAUUGUUUGUUUGGUUUUUUUAUUAUUAUUUGGUGGGUGCUAAAGGACAUUCAGAGGCCAAAAGGAACUUGCACGAGACAUGCUUAUAUGAGACUGUUGGAUUCUAACAGGGAGGGGUGAGGGGUAGGCUGGGAUGAUACAGUUUGAUCUGCUGGUUGAAGAAAGAACUGCAGCACCCAGACCAGUGUGCUACUGUUUCACACCAGGACUUAAUGUAGCAUUAUAUUCUACCCAAGCUGUUUGAGCAGUCUCAUGCCAGCCAGUUCUGCAUAUUAGUGUUAUAUUGUAAUUCCACUCAUUUAACAAAAUGUCAACAGACCAGAUAUGCUUAUGUACAAACACAAGCAUGUCCUUUUUGCUGAUAUGGCGUGUUCUUUUGACAUUUCUGAUGGGCCCUGCUUCAGAAGGUGGAAAUUCAAGGACAUGAGGGAGAGCGACAGGAGUGCCCAGUGUGUUUUAGCCUGAAUUACAUAACCAUAACGAACUUACUGACUGAUUGGUGGAGACCCUUUCUCGACUUCCAGCAUAACCA